AUGGCGCGUUCUAAGUUCAAGGACGAGCACCCAUUCGAGAAGCGCAAGGCCGAAGCUGAACGCAUUCGCCAGAAGUAUGCUGAUCGCAUUCCUGUCAUCUGCGAGAAGGUCGAGAAGUCAGAUAUUGCAACUAUCGACAAGAAGAAAUAUCUGGUUCCCGCUGAUCUGACCGUUGGCCAAUUCGUCUAUGUUAUUCGCAAGCGAAUUAAGCUCAGCCCCGAGAAAGCCAUCUUCAUCUUCGUCGAUGAGGUUCUACCGCCGACCGCCGCUCUCAUGAGCAGCAUCUACGAAGAGCACAAGGAUGAGGACGGCUUCCUGUACAUCACAUACUCCGGCGAGAACACCUUCGGCUCGAACUGA